ACCCCAAGACAAAUUUUUGGGGGGUUUCAGUGAGUUUCCGUCUCCAUACAUUCAGUUUGCACACUUUCUUUUGUUGUGAUUUGACAUCGACAUCAAACGUUCAAUUCCGGUGACGCUUUAGUAGUUAGGGUUCUGGCGGGCCUUUGCAUCAGAAGACCAUCAUAUCUAGCUUCCGACAAGCUCGGCUCACCCGAACCUGCUAAGUGCUUUUCGACAACGGAAGACGAGAGUCCAAUUCUGGUUUGCCGGUCCAUUGGCAGUGAUGUUGCGUCCCCGGAUGUACCGCCACUGCCUACAGCUGCCACCUACCACAGUGAUUCUAAACUGCAUCAGUUCGGUGGCCACUAUUUAUACUGCUGCUGCUGAACACGAAGAUGAUCCCUUCAAGGCACACCCGUGCUACCACCACCUUUCUUACAUUAAGUCCAAGGGAGAACUUCUCCAAUCAUACACAGUCACGCCACCUAUCCAACCCUGGCCUCGGAACCUUACCCAUAAACGACUCAUUUCUCUUAUAUCCUGCCAAAAUGACCCAAACAUGGCUCUCCACAUCUUCCACCACGCAGGUAAAUACCACCCUGGGUUUUCCCAUAAUUAUGAAACCUACCACCGCAUCAUCCUCAAGCUUUGUCGAGCUCGUGCCUUUGAAUCCGUGGAUACCCUUUUGGCUGAGUUACGGCAUACUAACAUCACUUGUUCGGAGAAUCUGUUUGUCACAGUUAUCCGAAACUAUGGCAUUGCAAGCAAACCAAAGCAGGCCAUUAAGUCUUUCUUGAAAAUCAAAGAUUUCGGAAUAGUAAGGUCAGUGAAGUCUUUUAAUACAUUGUUGAAUGCUUUGGUUAAUAACAAAAAGUAUGAUCUUGUGCACAUCUUGUUUAAGAAUUGUAGAAAGAAGUUAGACAUUGUGCCCAAUGUAGUCACUUGUAAUAUCUUAUUGAAGGCUCUGUGUAAGAAAGGUGAUGUUGGUGGUGCAAUUGGAAUUUUGGAUGAAAUGCCUGCAAUGGGAAUAGUUCCAAAUGUUGUUACUUAUACCACCAUUCUAGGUGGCUUUGUUCUUAUUGGCGAUAUGGUGGGUGCUGAGAGAAUGUUGAAGGAAACCCUUGAUAAAGGAUGUCUGCCUGAUGCAACAACGUAUACCAUUUUGAUGGACGGCUUCGUCAAGAAAGGGAAAUUGAUGAAUGCAGUGAAGGUGAUGGAUGAGAUGGAGGACAAUGGGGUCAAACCAAAUGAUGUAAGUUAUGGAGUGAUGAUAGAGGCUUUGUGUGCUGGGAAGAGAACAGGUGAAGCAGUCAACUUGCUUAAUGAUAUGCUUGAUAACAAAUAUCCACCUAGUGGAUCACUUUGCUGUAGGGUUAUUGAUGCUAUGUGCGAAGCAGGAAAGGUCAAAGAGGCAUGUGAUCUGUGGAAAAAAUUGUUGAUAAAGAACUGCACCCCUGAUAAUGCAAUAUCAAGCACACUCAUAUAUCAUCUGUGCAAGGAGGGACAAAUAUGGGAAGCAAAGAAAUUAUUUGAUCAGCUUGAGGGAGGUUCGGCUCCCAGUGUUUUGAUGUACAACACAUUAAUUGCAGGAAUGAGUGAGAAUGGAGAGAUACUUGAAGCUGGGAGGCUGUGGGAUGACAUGGUUGAUAAGGGGUGCAUACCUAAUGCUUUUACUUAUAGCAUGCUGAUUAGGGGAUUUUGUAAAGUCGGUAAUCCAACUGAAGGAAUCAGAGUUCUACAGGAGAUGAUAGAUAAUAAUUGUUCCCCAAACAAAUUCACUUUCUCUGCAUUAGUCCAAGAGCUUUGUGGCUCAGGAUCUGAAAGAGAUGGUGUUUUGAAUAAGAUAUUGUUGGAGAUUGCUGCUUAGGGAAUGGUUUAUCAGUUUAAUUAAUACAGAAGAUAGUGGCAUCUUUAUGAUUGUAGAAGCAGAGGCAUCCGUUUCAAAUGGAUCUAAGUGCUUUUGGUGCCAAUAUAUCAUACUGCAAGAUUUGCUAUCUCUUCUUGGGCGUUGGUUAUUAGCAAAUCGUGUCUAGCAGUGUCUAGCAAUGCAUCUAGUGAUUUUAGAGCCCCCAAAAGGAUGAGAGUAUAGUUAUGUGCUAUAAAUAUUUCUAGUCAUUUUGAAGUUUGAUAAAAUUAAGUGUCAUAGUUGUGAGUUAUGACCAUAGGUCUUUCUUUUUGCAAAAUACAAGCCCAAAUUACAUUCCAAUUAUGUGUUUGUGGUAGAAAUUCUCCUACCCCUUUGAUCCUUUCUAAAUGCUAAACUUGUAAGACAUCAACAUAUAAAAAUAGUCAGCAGAACUAUAAUGCAACUGCAAAGCAAAAUAAAUGAUGAAAUGUCUGUGUUGACAAAUUCGUGCAUCUUCAUAAUAAUCGUAUAAACAUGAAGAAGCAUUCAGCAGACCUAUAAUAUUUAAAAGCGGUAAAAAUAAUUAUAUAAAAUAAAAGUGCACACCAAUUUCAACAUGUUAAUAGAGUGGUAAUAGUAGCAAUUGCCUGUUGUUGAGUUAUCAAUGGGAUGUCUUAACAUAGAACCCACCACAUACAAAUAGAUAAUAUGAAGCCUGGAAUAAGAUUUGUAUUAAAAACUCCCUUUGUCUAUUGGACUUUGUCAAUUUUUCUUUUUUGUUUGUCCCAAAAACAUUGUCACUUUUCUUUUAAAUUAAGUUGCGUUUCUGCUUACUUCUCUCUUUCUGCACAAGCACAAACCUCUAACACUUGAGGUUUACUUUUCUUAUUUCACACACAACUCAAAGUUGGCAAUGCCCUUUGAGAUGGAGGUAGUAUAAGAACAAUUGAACAAGUGAGAUGAUACCUAUAUUUCAGUAUGUGAGUGUGUAAAAAUGAAGGUAUAUAUAUCGGGUUGGAACCAAGUAUAUGUGUAUGACCCUUCCAAUGUAUUAGUCCUUCAAUACAAUAUGAAAUGAUGGCCGAUCAUUACAUACUCCAUAAUAUUUAACAAUUAAUGUUACAACUGUAUAAUAUUUGAGAGCUGAUGGAUGUGACCUAGUCUUCGGGCUUCCUCAUGUGUAGCCGUCCAAUCUCUAAUCUUCAGUUUGCCUUAGCCGGCUCCUUGAUCCAAUGUCUUACUAAGAUAAUUGUAUCUAUCAGUUGUAGCAUUUGUUAUUUUCAUAUGAGAAAAUUUUCAAAAUAGGAGUAAAACAAUGUGAAAUUUGAAAAUAGGACUACUAUCUUUACCCCCUUAAAUAAGAGUAAUUAAUGUCAUUUUGAAAUUAUACUUCCAUAUUUUGGCAUGUCGGGCAUUAAGAUGGCAGUAACGAUCAGUAAAAAAAACAUAUUUAAGGCAAGUUAGUUUUGCAUAAUUUACUAGUCCUAAAGAACAUAUAGUCAUAUACUUAUGUGUGUGUGUAUUUUUUUUGUUAAGCAGUCUGAAAGAAAAAAGUAGGGUGAGAAAAAUCAGCAAGAUAUUGCUUUGGAGCAGACAUUGUACAUUGAUGGAUUUGAUGAAGUUCACUUCAUCCACUCACUAUCGCUUUAUUGAUCAUGUUCUUGUAAAUCAUGUAUCAAAAGAAAAUAUAUGAUGUUAAAAUAGACAACGUUUUCAUAGAGCCUUUUCUUGGUGGAAGAAAUGGAAGAGUGAAAUACAUAUUUUAGAUGAUUGACUUAUAGCAUUCAUGGGGCAUUGGGGGGUCCUUUGAGGCACUCCUUAUGGAAACAUUUUUAUCUGGUAUGAAGUUGUCAUUAAAUUCAAGCUAAAGUAAUGUGAGCAAGAGUUGGACUUCAGGAAAUAUGAAUAUGGUUAAUAAGUUUAUUGUGAUUAUAUUACAGGGUUGGCUCAGAGUGAUUCUAAGGAAUGAUAAAUCUGUGAUUUUUUUUACUUAUAGCCUGCUUUGUGAACUCAAGUUCUCUUUAACAUUCAUUGAGGACAUAUGGAACCACUGUAUUUGAUAUCCUCGAUUCUGAGAAUUCUGCUUCCCUUGACAUAAUUGGUAUAUGCUUAAUUGGUAUAUGCUUUGGCCUAUCUUCCUACAUGUUCUGCAUUUAGGUCACUCCAUUAUUAGCUUUUAUCUGCAUUUCGUUGAUAGUUGAUACUAAUGCUUAUUAAGUUCAUGUUAGAAUUCUAUUCAUUGACUUCUCUCCUUGGUUCGUUGGCAACACAUGUGGGUAUGCUGAGAGACAGAGGUAAAAACAGGAAGAGUUAUUGGUGUUGGUAUGUUGAGAUUGGAAGCAGUGAUGCAAAAGUCACUAGCCCGCGGAUGGUCAAGUGGCACCUAGCCUGCUUAGAUGCAGUCGGUCUGAAUGUAGUUGGUACAUGUGCAAUUGACACUACAGGUUGUUAAAAAUGGUUCUGAUUUAUUGGGAUCAACAAAGCUGGUUUCUGCCUUCAUCUGUCAAUCAGGUCAAUGAUCACCCCUCGUGUAAACGUUUAAUAUUACCUUCUUUAAAGUGUGACCAAAAUGAUACUAUAUUUAACUUGUUUGAUUUAAAGUUUUAGCUUACCUGCAUGGUUUUAAAAGGCGUUUCGCCUCUACGCACCAGAGGCGCAAAGGCGCAAAGGCGACCUGUUAUCGCGCGUAAGGCGUUAACUUCCCGGAACAAGGCUUGCGCCUUUUUAUGAAGAGGCGUAGAAUCAGGCUUAAGGCGUUGGGCGUUCAAGAGGCGUACGCCUCUUAUUUGACGCAACUUUGGGCUUUUAAAAUUAGUGGGGGCCUAGAUUUGUUUUUUCAUCCUUAAAUACGAAUUACCGGGGUCUUUAAUCACUUAGCCACCGCCCUAGUCCUCGUCUUCCAAUUUCCAAUUGCCGGUCCACAAUAGCGACAAACAACAACUAGCAACUCGAAGAAGAGCUGCUCAAGACCCCAGCGGCUCAGCUCCGUUACUUCCACACAGAGACUUCAGGAGCUCCCUGCAGCUCUGCUUUGCCGGUUCAUCCGGGUAUUAUAGAAUACCCCACCGCCCAACUCUAUAGUUUGUUAUUGUGUAUUUGUCUUUAUGGUUUAAACUUUUUAAUAAUUACGGAGUAACUUUUUAUUUAUUUAAAAGUUCUGUUUUGAAUGAUUAAAAGUUACUUAGUAUUAAAUAGUUGUCUGUUUAUUUAACUUUUUAGUGUUUAAUGAAUAUAUUUGUGUCUAUUUUGAAUUUAAAAGAUCAUAUAUGCUUAUUUGUGUUUAUGUGUGAUGGUUUUAUUGCUAAAUACUAAUUUAUUUGUUAAAAAAUUAAUACUACGUACUUUAGUAGUUUAAUUUUAAAUUUGAUUACAGUUUGAUGUUUUAUUUUCUCUUGAGUUUUGACUUUGGUAUUUCAAUUUUAUGUUAUUUUGACUUAUAUAUUUUAUAAUUAUGUUUGUUUUACUUGUGAUUUUGUUAAGCUGCAUUAUUUUUAUGAAUUAUCCAUGCUUUCUAAUAAGUCAUAGGUUUCUAGCAACACUUAACCAAUUAAACUUCGGGGCUUACGCCUCGUUACGCCUCAAGGCUUACGCCUCGGAAGGCUACCCCCUAACGCCUCGAGGCCCGAUUUCGCCUUUCAAAACCUAGCUUACCUGAGAUAUGUAACUUUACUUUUUUUGUAGAUAAUGUAGAGCGUAAUUUGAUCAUAUUCUAUUUCUUGUGUAAUAUUGGAUAAUCUUGAAAUGCUCCCAUUUUACCCUCUUAGACUUCCAUUCUCUGUGUUUAUUUGCUUAUACAUACACCGGUACCAGUUAUUUACAAUUAAGUUUUAUUUGCAGACAUUUAUGCUCAUUUUGAUAUAAAACAGUAAAAACCCACAUUUCCAACCACAUAUUUAUGUUACAUUAUUUCACGAGUUCAACCAAAUACAAAUAUGAACAUAUACCCAAAGACAAUCUAAGUGUUCCUGCAAUGCUACUUGACCUUACAACCUUCCAACGGUUUAUAUGGAGUCAAAACGUGAAAGCUUAUUAUGUAUUAGGAGUAUGUAGAGCUCUUGUUAGUGCAGUAUAUAUUUGUAUGAACUAAUAGUCUUAUUGUGCCUAUUGUAGGUUAGCCUUUUAUAUUUGUUUAUAUACAAAUUUCUUUUUCAUCCAGAAAUAAUUUUUCCUUGCUUUAGUACAAGGGUAAGGCUGCGUACAUCCCAUACCGUAGGUGGGAGCCUUUGCGGCACUUAGGCAUGUGCCAGCGCUUCUCGGCUUCUUAUUCAACAAUCGUUGAGGCUCUUUGUGUCUGAUUCUUAUAUGAGAGGAUGUAUUCCCUCAGAAGGGAAGAAGGUAAACUACCAAAGAGCAGUUCCAUGUACAGAGAGGAUCAGACCCCGCCCAGAAUACUAACUGCUGAUAGUAUGCUAGCAAUUAUUUAUCUUAACUACUUAACUGUUAAGUAAUACCGUCAAUGUCAUACACUGGGUUCCAUUUCCAGUUUUCCUCAUGUUGUCCAGGAUGGGUUUCUGCUAGUAACAUUUGCUUUCCUGCGUUCUCAUAUUUGCAAACUAUUUGGUUUCAGAUUCUUCCAGAUGUCGGAUAUGUUUAACUCAGUCAUUCAUCCAUGUAUAAAAAAUAUGGAUCUCUCUAAAGCUUUUCUAUUGGUAAAG